ACGACCGCAGGGGCGGGGCGGUGGCGGCGCGGUCCCGGUGCAGGGCGGGAAGCGGCGGCGGCGGGGCCAUGGCCUGGUCCCGGUACCAGCUGGGCCUGGUCGCCCUCAUGCUGCUCACCGGCUCCAUCAACACCCUGGCGGCCAAGUGGGCCGAUAACUUCAGCGCGGCCGGCUGCAGCGGGAAGGAGGAGCACAGCUUCCAGCACCCCUUCCUGCAGGCCGUGGGCAUGUUCCUGGGUGAAUUUUCCUGCCUGGGGGUGUUUUACCUGCUGGUGUGGAGGGAUCGGCGGAGGCCGGAGCCCAGCAUGGCCCCGUCGCAGCCCUUCAGCCCGCUGCUCUUCCUGCCCCCCGCCCUCUGCGACAUGACUGGGACCAGCAUCAUGUACGUGGCCUUGAACAUGACCAGCGCCUCCAGCUUCCAGAUGUUGCGGGGAUCUGUCAUCAUCUUCACUGGGCUCCUCUCCGUGGCCUUCCUGGGCCGCAAGCUGGAGCUGAGCCAGUGGCUGGGCAUCCUGGUCACCAUCGUGGGGCUGGUGGUGGUAGGGCUGGCUGACCUGCACAGCUCCCAUGGCCAGAAACACAACCUCAGCCAGGUGAUAACUGGCGACCUACUUAUCGUCAUGGCACAGGUGAUCGUCGCCAUCCAGAUGGUGCUAGAGGAGAAGUUUGUCUACAAGCACGACGUGCACCCGCUGCGGGCCGUGGGCACCGAAGGUUUCUUUGGCUUCAUCAUCCUGGCCCUGCUGCUGGUGCCCAUGUACUACAUCCCGGCGGGCAGCUUCAGUGGGAACCCUCGGCGGACAUUGGAGGAUGCCCUUGACGCCUUCUGCCAGGUCGGCCACCAGCCCCUGAUCGCCCUGGCCCUGCUGGGUAACAUCAGCAGCAUCGCCUUCUUCAACUUCGCCGGCAUCAGCGUCACCAAGGAGAUCAGUGCCACCACCCGCAUGGUGCUGGACAGCCUCCGCACCCUCGUCAUCUGGGCCGUCAGCCUGGCCUUGGGCUGGGAGACCUUCCACGGCCUGGAGAUCUUGGGGUUCGGGGUGCUGCUGGUGGGGGCUGCUCUUUACAACGGCCUGCACCGGCCCCUGCUCACCUGCCUGCCCUGGCACACGGACGAGGCCGGCGCGGCGGCCGAACGGGAGGGUUUGCUGCAGGGCGAGACCACGGCCAUCAACAGCGAGAGCUGAGCACUCGCUGCCCGUGUCCGGCUUGGUCCUGGGUUCAUUGCCCUGGGUGAUCCCUCCUCCCCUCCUCAGGAGGAGAUUGGCAUGGUGGCGAUGAUGCCAACCACCGUCCUGCUGCUGUUGGCAGGAGAAAACUCUGCCUUGCCAGGGCUCCGGGAGGGGAUGGCAGGCUGUGCCUGCCCACAGGCCCUGGGCCCCUGUGUGGGGCAUGUUGGAGCCUCUGCCCCUGAUCCCCGAGAGGCCUGGGAGGUUGGGGAGGAGGGGCUGGCCCCACUGUUUCCCCAGCCUGCCUCUCCCCCUAAUAAAGUGCAUCACCUGUG